CGGCAGCCAAUCAAAACUCAGGGACAGGCACGCAGGAAGGCUUCCGGUCGGAUGAACGACAACACACAUCCCCGGUGUGAAAGACGAAGAGGAGAAGCUGCCUCCUGCUCAGAGUAGACCCGGCCAGCCUUCACAAACACUGCCGUCCUUUACCAUGCUCUAACUAAUCACUCCUUUAUAUCCCAAGAGUUGGCAGUCGUACUGAAAUGGCAUCUGCGUACUGAACUGCUCCGACUUCCAACACCGCCUGCACCGAGCGCUGGUGUGCUACUUCGCGACGAAUGAGACUGACCCACCAUCACCAUGGAAACAGAAACGGAAGUCAUUCCUAUCUGGCAGAAUAAGCCUCAUGGAUCCACCCGCAGUGUUGUGAGAAGAAUAGGUUCCACUCUUCCGCUCAGACCUCCACAAAGGGCAUGCUUCCAGGAACUACCCGGCCUGCCUUCUCUUCGGCCCAUGGACGGCCCUAUGGUUCCUACUUUGGCAGACAUAGCCUGGAUUGUUGCAGAUGAGGAAGAGACAUAUGCCAGAGUGCGGAGUGAUAGCCGUCCCUUGAAACACGAAUGGCGGCCCACGCCUCUCCUGGUGCUCCACAGGAACUCCUCUGUGCCCAACUUCCGCCGUGAAGGCAAAAGAAUGGAGGGGCUGAGGAAGCCUGGGGUGACGGCGCUGAACCGUACCACCGCCCUGCAGGACGAGCUCAGCAGACUCCGUGCACAGAUCGCCAAGAUCGUGGCAAGUGAUUCUGACUCCAACCCCCUGACUCCUGACCUGCUCUCCCCAGACGACACAAGCAUGAGCUUCUCCAUGGCACCUUUCGAGACGGUGCCAUACCAACCGGCCGCCACGGCCGCCGCUUCCUUUGUCAUCAGCGACGUCACGGAGGAGGAAGAAGAAGAGGAGGAAGAGGAAGAGGACAAAGAUAUGGUAUCCGUGGUGUCAGAGCUCGUCCCCGACCCUCUGCCGCCUGUUUCCAUGACGGCUUCAGCGACCUUUGACCUGGAUAGACCCAGCAUGGACUUUCGGGAGGCGGAGGAGGACACAGUGUCGUUAUCAAAGUCCACCAGCUUUGCUGAUGUUAUGGACAUCCUGAAGGACAUGAACCGUAUGAAGAUGAGCAAAGACAGGUACAACAGAGGCUGUACGUCCCUCAGAGAGGAGGACUCGGCCUCUCUGAUUUCAGAAGCUCUGAGGAAAAAGUUUGUCCUGAAGGAUGAAGAUACUGCCUCUGUGAAACGGAAGUAGCCUGAUAACCUGUUUCUCAUAAAUACCCAAUCCUGCUGCUCCAUGUAAGUCGGGGACAAGGAUAGUAGCUACUAGUUGUUGUUUUUUUAAUAUUUUGUAUAAUGAACCUUUUGAGGGCAUGUGGGAGGUCGUCAUCGGUUAUGUAUUCAGUCGCAGAAUGUUUUAGCUGACUUGUGGGUUCUUAGUUGUUGUUGUUUUUUGUUUUUUUCCCUCUCUCCCUCAAUAUUUUUAGGCCUUUGCCUGUGGAAUAUGUACCCAUGGAUCCACAACCUUGCUCCUCAGUCCUGAGGCAAUAGCUGCCUGCCACAGUUAGAACAAAAAAAAAAAAAGAAAAAACUCUUUGUCCCAGACAUACAAAACCAAAUGUGAACUUCACGGCGCUGGUGCAGUGUGAGCGGGAGGGGGGGCAACAGCCACAUCUACAUACCUAUAAUCAGAGCAUCGCAUACUGCAUCCGGUUUAUUUCUCUCUGGAAAAAAAAGGCUUUCAUGUUUAAAUAUACUUUGAAUGAGGACUGGUUCAACUUGCUCUCUGUUUUCUGUUUAGAUUUUUGAUCUUAUAACACACAGGGACAUCCAAACAAAGUUUUUGGACUUAAAAUCGAAGAAUGUUUCUUUUAAAAGGCCUUUCAUCCAUCCCACCAUCACAAGAGUCGCUUUUGAAUCCACAGAGGAGAUGCAAAUAAACUUUUUUGUUUUUCAGAUAUGGAAUAUCUUCUAACAUACUUGAAAAUAUUUUAUGUACAAAUGAGAGCAGAUCUCGUGUACGUGCAGAGAUGUACUGUUAGAUUAUCACAGGAUGUGUGUGUGUUUUUGUGUGUGUCGGGAGAGAAUAACUUCAGAUCUUUGCUGUUUGAAUAUUUGCAGUACAGUACUGGGUUUGCAAAUAUGCACAGCAUCAUAUACUAUAUGUUGUUUGCUUCACUGCACCUCUUAUGCCUGUCCUCUUAUUUGUGAUUAACAUAUAGGUUGAUAGUCACUGAACCGCAGGACAUUGAAAAAAAAAAAAACCCCAAACGGAGCAUGAAUAUGCUGAUGAUAUAGCUUGAAGUUUGAGGUGAGAAAUCCAAAGGAAUGCUUAAUGAUAUGCGUGAGUGCAAUAUGCUGCCAUCAUAGUUUGAAGCUGUCCAAUAAAAGCAACACAUACAAGCACGUACAGGUCUUUUUACAGGCACACGUCGCCCCUAAAAAUGGGCAAACCGCUUGUGCAAGUCACAAUAAUAACAAUCAAUAUUCUUGUCCUUCUACGCCUUACCACGGAUGUUUUGUGUGCUCCGACGUCUGAUUUUUAUUCCCACAUUAGUUAAAGUGCCAUGGGUUUGUUUUAAUCGGCCCUUCCCUGAACCUCCAUCCUCAUCUUUACUAAGAUUCACAUGUUUUCAUCAUAAACAACGACGUUAAGGACCAGUUGUGUUGUGUUUGUUGUGUCACUUUUACCUCCACACGUGUCACUCCUACUUACGCCUACAAUCCUUUAGUAGUUCUGCAGUGUUACUGCUAAAUUAACUGUCUGGAUUGAACAAGAAUGUGCCCAUCUGUGUGUCGCCGCAUGCAGUGGAGUUAAAAGUGUGUUGGCUGUGACCUCGAUUUCCUCAUUGCUCAGAGUGAUGACGUAAAAACCGACUAGGUGAGUGAGCUGUUAUAUGCAAAUAAAAUAUGUUAAUUCUGUGUCCGUUAUUUGACGCCAUCACUAGCCCUGAUAAUGAGUGGAGUGGAGAAUUUAGUUGGUAAGCUUGUUUUGAAUUUAUGUCUCUAGUUUAAAGGUUUCUCACCGUUGUACCUCUGUAGGAUUGAGUCCAUCACCUUCAUCAUCUGUGUGUUUGUUUGUUUUUGUCAUGUGAGGACUUGUAAAUAAAGAUUGGCUGAUUGUUUUGAAA